GUAUGGUUAAUAACCAAAAUUUCACGACCGCCAAUUCAGCGCUUGCCGAUUGUCGACCGCGGUUGUUUUGUACUUGUCCUUCACUAACGAUAUUUUUCACUGAAGAAUUGCUUUGGUAGGAUAGUUGGUAGUCUGCAUUGUCUGUUUGAUUUCAUAAAUUUUGCUUGCCUGUACCAAGAUCCAGUGAUUUAUCGGUCAAAACGGCCUAUAAUUGAAAGUGCUGCAAUUGCGCAGCGUGGACAAAUUUAUCUGACCAAUGUGGGUAAUCUUUGUUAUGGUUUACUAAGAGCCGUAUAUAGUGAGCUAGGUCUCCUAUUCCUCAAGCAAUUGAUAGUGAAGCUAAAUUAUCUAUCUGCUGAGGUUGAAAGUUAGUACUGCGGAAUUCCUCAUUUCAUAAGCUUUCCCUUUCUUCACUCAUUUGAACACCCUUUUGCAUUGUCCCCACUAAGUAGUGGCAAAUACUAAUAUCACGCCUUCAACAUGUCCGGACGUGGAGCAUGGAGACCGAUGAGUAAGUCUUCACUGUUUGCUGUAAGCCACCGGCUAACUUAGUUUAUGUAGACCCGAAGAACAUUACUGUUCGAGCUUCGGUAUGGAUAAUCGGAGCUAUUCCAUUUUUUACCUUUUCAGGUAAGCACAAUCGUGUUUUCCUGGCCCGACGUGUUAAUAUAUGUGCCUGAGCUGACUUAUUGAUUCUUAGCCAUGUCGAUCGCCGGAUCUGCGGCGACAACGCCAGGAAUGGAGAAUAUCUUCAUCGGGCAGAUUGCUAAGGUUGGCACCGAUGGAUCUAAAAUUGGUGGAUUGAGGUUUGGCUAUAUGGGUUUGUGGAGACGUAUCCCAGCUGUGCGAAACGCUCACUAACAAGCUACCAGGUCUCUGUGCCUAUGUGGGAGUGGAAGGAAAUAACGGAGAUACAUUCAAGAAUACAAACGGCUUUCAAUGUAUAGGCAAACAGUAUGAGCAGUCACCCGAUGAAAUUGCCGCAACACUACAUGUCGAUGCAAAUAUCGUACAAUUAGGACAAAAAUUGCAGAACGACAUAUCCAUUUUCAUGCCUAUGGUGGCUUUGGCCCUGUUUCUAUUAGGAUUCCUCGUUGACACCUUUGCAUGGCUCUUUGCAGGUCUAGGAAAACCUGUUGGGAAGGCUGGUAUGAUAGCCAUGCCAUUUUUAUGGGCAGCUGUUGCCACCAGUCUUGGUGCAGCAUAUACCCUCACUGUUUCCGUCAAUGCAAUCAAUACGGUACUAGGAGAUGCGGCCGUAGGAUGUUCUGCAAAUGUACAAAUCGAGCAGGGCAAAACACUGGAGGGACUUCAAUGGGCUGCAUUCGCCUUUGCUCUUCUCUUCGCAUUCGGUAUCUACAUGGUUACUAGAGAUACUAUGUAUGGAUUUAACAUUGCUCCUCGCGCUAGAUCUCGUGGAAGAAGAAUGGAAGAUACGUAUCCCGAUGUGUACUCCGAAGGGGAGCGAUCACUAAGUUACGAGAGAUAGGAGAGCAAUGAGGUACCAACCCAUGUAUAAAUUAAAACCCCGGUGUUACUGGGAUGACGAGCCGCCGCAUGUUAUAAGGGGUAUAUGGGCGCGUGGCGUGACGCUUAUGAGGUGUAUGGAUGUUUCUGUUUGGGCAGAUUUUUUUAUGUUAUGCUUUUCUACUUCUGCUAGUCAGCUAGAGCAAUAUGAUUUAAUUUGCGUGUGCUAUUUUUUCUUUCGGAUAGUCCUCUUUCACAUUCAACAGUUAAUGCGCUUCUAUGACUGUAUAUGAAUUAAGCGGUUCAUUCAUAGUUUGAAUAACCCUAUUGUAUAAUUGGAUAGAAUCAUAAACACACAGAACCGUCUGAAUAGCUAUAUCAUUGCCUCAAAUACAGUCCCCAAGAUCAAAGUCAAACCCCAACAAGGGUGUCCAUUUGCUCGUGUAUACCAAGUAGCAACAAUGCUUCAUGACACCCCAUUAACAAGCCUUGUCACCCGCGAUGAAUUCACCUUUACCAUCAAGUCAUGCUGUAUGGCCGAAGGUCGCCAGCCAAUGAAAAUUGUAUGCAGAGGAACCCGAAAUGCCGCCAUGAAGA